AUGCACACAACAGAAGGAACCUUCGUGCAACUUUUAAGUUCCCAUGUAGCUACUUUCUACUAUAAUAUAAACCACAUCAGUGUAUGUGUUCAACCAUUCAAAGCUUCUCCGGCAAAUUAUAACCACCACCUGAAAAAGGCAAUAAUGAUGAUGAUGUGCAAACUGCAAGCUCAUGCAUCCUUAUUGCAAAUGCCCAUCAACUUGUCGCUGCUCCGGCGACGUCCACAAAAAGAAAAAGUUGUGGUGGUAAUGGGCGCCACUGGCACCGGAAAAUCAAGACUGGCCGUCGACAUCGCCACUCGCUACCCCGCAGAGAUUAUAAACUCCGAUAAAAUGCAAGUCUACGAAGGCUUAGACAUCGUCACCAACAAAAUCACCGACGAAGAAAGCGACGGCGUGCCUCAUCACCUUAUUGGAAUAGUGGAUUCCGACACGGAUUUCACCUCCUCUGACUUCGUUAGCACCUCAUCAGUCGCAAUGAAAUCCAUCGUCAGUAGAAAUAACCUCCCGAUUAUUGCUGGAGGAUCGAAUUCGUUCAUAGAAGCAUUGGUUGAUGACCGGAAUCACGAAUUCCGGUCGAGUUACGAUGUUUGUUUCUUGUGGGUCGACGUCGCAAUGCCCGUGCUCGAACAAUUCGUUUCCGCCCGAGUCAACCGUAUGGUGGCUGAGGGGAUGGUGGAUGAAGUUAGAAACUUGUUUAAUCCAAAUUCUGAUUACUCGAAAGGAAUCCGGCGAGCCAUCGGAGUGCCGGAAUUCGACAGUUUUUUCCGCUCAGAAUACUCAUCUUCUACCGACGAAAAAGUUCGAUCAAAUUUACUAGAAUCCGCCAUUAACGAAACAAAGAUCAACACAUGCAAACUCGCAUGCCGGCAAUUAAGAAAAAUCCACCGACUAAAAAACAUCAAAGGGUGGAAAAUCCACCGGCUGGACGCCACCAAAGCCUUCCAACAAAACGGUAAAGAAGCCGACGAUGCAUGGGCUGAGCUAGUGGCAGUACCGGGAUCCGCCAUCGUAAGCCAGUACAUCCACGACUUUGAUCAUUCACGGAUUUUCACCACCGCCACGUCAGCCGGCGGCGGCAGGGCGAUCAGAGAAUUUGAACGGAGAACGGCGGUGGCUACAGACUACAGUGCGUCGCUAGUUUGA